CAACAGACUCUCAAAGUAUAAUGGUCGGAAAAAUUUUUUUUCUUCUGAGUGCAUUGCAUUUAUUCGUUGGAAAGACCGUAGCGUUUUACAAUUUCGCACUAUGUGACAGACAGAUUCGACUAUAUGCUGGUCAAUCCAGAUCUUUACGUUCACCUUAUUGGCCAGCGGGUUUCAUGCCCGGCUCAUCAUGCCGAUACAGUAUACAGGCCCCAAUUGACUAUCAAAUUCAGGUCACAUGCAAAAUCGAUUUUAUGGACCCCUAUCAGGAUGGAAGCUGUGCGUCGGGAAAGUUUUACAUAGCUGAGGAUGGCAACAGGGAUAUUACUUCCACUCAACCUAUUUGUGGUACAACUACAACUUCCAGAAGUUCGUUAGGAAAUAAGCUGACCCUGGCCUACACCAGUGACUACUAUUACAGCGGUCUAUAUGAUUGCCAACUGACGGCAGUAUGUGACUGCGGCUGGGGUUUGAAUAGCAGAAUAGUUGGAGGACAAGAAACCGCUCCGAACGAAUUUCCGUCGACGGCAGCUUUAGUUUCUACAACUUUUGAAGCUUUGUUUUGUGGCGCAACUAUAGUAUCUUCGCGAUAUGUUGUAACAGCAGCACAUUGUUUACGUAAAACAAACCCUACUGAGACCGCAGUUUUAGUGGGAGAUCACGACUUAACCACUGGCCGAGAUACGCUGGAAGCAAAACUUUACCAAGUUCUCGAGUACAUUGAACAUGCGGCCUACAAUAACGAAACAAAAGUGAACGACAUUGGUUUAGUAAGAACUAUUCUGCCUAUGGUUUGGUCUCGUGGUGUUGGACCUGUUUGUCUUCCAUUUUAUUAUGCGAAUGCUGAUUUUAGUGGUGUAGAUGUCAUUGGGACUGGAUGGGGACUUACUGAAUUUGGAGGAAAGAAAUCGGAUUAUUUACAAAAGGUGGACCUUACAGUUCUUAAAAAUAGUGACCCUUCAUGUCAGAGAACAUAUCCGACGAUCCAAGAUUCUCAGAUGUGCACAUACAAAGAAGGAAAGGACACAUGCCAAUACGAUUCGGGUGGCGGGCUUUACUACAGUGGAUUGACUGGCUCGAGAAAGUUUCUGGUCGCACAAGUAAGUCUUGGAGAAGGAUGUGGCGGCAACUCGCCCUCGUUAAAUACGAGAAUAACAAGUUAUUUGGACUGGAUUGAGAAGGAGACAAAAACUACUUUAUGUCGUCGUACAAUAGAGUAAUACCUGACUAUGACAAAGACAAUUUCUUUAAUAAAAAUAAAUC